AUGGGGACUCGGGAGGUUUACGAGGAGAAACUACGGAACGGGAAUUUACAUCACGAUCCCACCAUCAACCCUGGUCUCGGCACUCCUCGCUGCCCUCGCUGCCUCUCCCUCCUUGACGCGGAUUCCGAUAAGGGUGAAUGGACUAUAACUUCCGUUUUGCACGACGCCACCGCCGUGGCUGGUUCUGGCAUUGGUGCGAUGCUUAGUGCAGUCCAUGGUUUUAAUACAGGUAUCCCAUUCCUCCAGAAUCGUCUGAACGGACCCAAGUGGCUUCCGUUCAUAGUUGGGGUUCCUCCACUGCUAAUGUACUCUGGUGCAUCUGCUGCUUUUGGAGGCUACGUGCUUCCUAAGUUCACUCAACUCACAGUGACAUCUUACUACGCUGCAUCAAGUGCCUCACAUUAUGGGAUUUCACUGCUCACACGGAAAAUUGAGGAGGGCCAUAUUUCAAGAGUUGAGCAAGAAAAGUGCAGAUGA